UCUGUUAGCUGUUACGUAUCUAAGGCCUUUCUAGACACUUUUGCAAAUGUCCCGUACAUUUUAAAUGUCACAGCAUUAGUUUAUAUAACAUAUAUAUAUAUAUAUAUAUAUUUUUAUUAUUUUUUAUUUCACGUGACAGGGACAAAAAAGAAGUGUUUUGUCGUUAUUAUGCGAAUUCCGCGAAUUAUACUUUAAACGUGACACAUAUCAUGCGAAGAAACUUCUCGCGUUAUAACAGGCAGUUUGAUACUUCUACAGCUGAAGACGAUUCGUAUUUCACAUCGGAUCUUGAUUUACCAAAUCCAAAAGUGACACAGUCUUAUAAUCGAAAAUUGAGACUUGCUUGUCGAACGUCAAAAAACGAAAAAAGUGAUCAAUCAUAUCUUCUCAAAUUGCCGUCAAAAUCAUUACGUUGUUGUCAAGAUCCAGUUAUUAAUAGACAAGUUAUUGAAGCAAAAUUAUUUACCAGAGAAGUCGACCAGGUUGCUACUCCGCAACGAAUCUCAAAUAUUGAGUCUUCUGCGUCAUAUGUCUAUCUGAAAGAAUAUGAGCCACAAGGGGUAACUUUUGAAGGAAAGCAUUUGAGCGAUGGUGAAAAAUUUGAACGUAAAUUUAACGAAAAAAAUUGGAAGCAAAACAGUACACCACGGAUCGUAAGAGCUAUUCGACAGAACGGCAAGAAACGUAAUACCUCUACAAAUGAUUCGAGCACAAAUGGAGAUGACUCUGACUCUGAAGAAUCUGGAAAUGAAGACUGUCUCAAAAUUAUUGAAAUUUUUUCACAUGAAAGUACAAUGAAUGACGCUUGUAACGCUGUGGCAUAUCAUCAACAAUGCGCUUCUCACAGCUUAAAUCUUAUCGCUUCUACUGACGCUGCAGAAGCAUUUAACGAAAAAAGGGCUCAGAUAAUAAAACUAUCCGAAUUUAUCAAUCUGCAUUUGAGAAAUGCAAAGCUAUAUGGAAUAGAACAUCAAAGUCACCAAAGUCCUCUGAAAUUUAUGAAAAGAUUACGGGAAAAGCUCCAAUGUCACCUUGUGUCACUCGGUGGAAUUCUACUUAUGAUUGUCUUUUAA